ACAUGAAUGCAAGCAUGGCAAGAUGUCUGGCCUUGAUGCUGGCUGUGGUCACACUGAGCAACAGGUUCACGCAAGGUCAGGAGGCGGUGCAGACGACAACAAGGGCCGCGUGCAAUUUAGAUUCCAGGCCACACCCACAGGGACUCUGCGGCUCGAAGCUAUCCCGCGCCCACUCCAACCUGUGUUUCCUCCUGAUGAACCACCACACCUCGCUGUUCCGGCCCCGGCGGUCAGCGGGUCAGCUGGAGCACAACAACCGCAUCUACAACAUUCCAUUGGCUGUCCUGGCCGAGCUAGAGCUCAACCGCGAGAGCUGGGACUCGUACGUCAGUAAACGAAAUUCAGACCAAUAUUCUUUAACAUCGGAAGAGGACGGACCAGUUUUAGAAUCGCCAUUCGACAAUUCACUGGAGGAAACGGACAAUAUAAUGAACGAGCUUCUGCGUAUAUUCAGGAUAAACAGCAACCGAUACAAACGAGAAACGGAAAUUCCCGGCAUGGUGUGUGAUUGUUGUUACAAUUUAUGCAGACCAAGAGAACUCGCGGCGUACUGUUGAACUCUAGUUGCGUCCCUUUGUUUUUAUUUUAAAUUUUUAUUUUAUUUUAUUUCUUUUUUUUUUUUUUUUCAUUUUAUUUUAUUUUAUCACGUUUUUAAGAAAAAAAAUAAUUUUGUACUUUUAAAAAAAUGGAAUGUGUUGAAAAAAUAAAAGUAUCUUAUUGGCGAAAUUUUAA